GUUCACAUUUACAUUAAAGGAAGCACAGGCAAAUAUAAAAUGUUAGGGAGGUUUUAGAAUAAUUUUCUGUAGUAAUUACAAUUUAUUUUGUGCUUAAAAUAAAGUAACUUCAUUUGACGGUCUCGCUAAAGGUGCUAAAAAGGAUGAAGAAGUCACUAAAAGCUUUAGUGUAUGGAGAAAAUGUGACGCCCUUACCAGCUUUUAAAGUGUUUUCAUUGUUUCUAAUGCUGGUGUUUAACUCCAUGAUGAACUCCUCUGCCCAUGCCUAUCUACCACAACUUGUGAAGUCUUUUGGAAUAUCUGAAGUGGAUACAGGGCAAAAUGUUGGAAUCAUUGUGUCCAGCUAUUAUGUUUCUCGCACUUUUUCCAGCUUGUUCUGGGGAUACUUGGCUGAUCGGAUUUCUAAAAAAUACGUUUUUAUAAUUUCAUCAAUUGGAACAGCAUUGUUCACCAUUGCAUUUGGUUUUACAACUAGUUUCAAGUGGGCUGUUGUCACAAAGUUUGCUGCUGGCUGUUGCGCCGGUAUGGUCGUUGUCAGCAAAGCAAUAAUAGCUGAUAUCUGUGACAAUACAAACAUGUCCCUUGGAGUGACAAUAAUAGUAUCCUCUUAUUCAACUGGAUUUGUUCUAGGACCUGUACUCGGAGGUUAUUUAUCAUUCCCUGCAGAGAAAUAUGAUGGUGUUUUUAGCAAAGAUUCUGUAUUUGGACGCUACAGUAUACUACUUCCUAACCUUCUUAUGGCGCUAGUCAUGCUACUGCUGCUAGUAAUAUUUGUAUUGGCUUUUGCAAAGAAAUCGAGCAAUUCAUACGAAGUGGUGCUAGAUCUACAAAGAUGCAAAUAUGGAGCAACCGAAAGGCGUAAAACAGUAUUUUCUUCUAUGUUAACUACCAGUCAACUGAUCGCGCAAUCUUCUCAAUGGAAGAGAUUAAAAAAUUGGAUGUUUAAUACGACAUUUUGUAGAUUGCUUCGGUUCAAAAGUUGUGUUAUGAGUUGUACACUAGCAGGAACGUGUUAUAUGCUAGCUGUAGCUUACCAAGAUAUCUACCCUGUCUUUGCAGCGACAGCAAAGGAAUAUAAUGGCUAUGGUUUCAGUUCACAGCAAAUUGGAUUGUGUCUUUUGAUCGUUACAUGUCUGAUGAUACUGAUACAGGUUCCAUUGAUAGGAAAAUUAACAAGUAAAUUUGGGUCAAGAAAGGUUUUCGUCUUUGCUUCUCUCAUGAUGGUAUUUUGUUUACCAAUGAAUGUAUCAAUUGCUGUAAUUAUCAACAAAUAUUUGUUUUGGAUAUGUCUGGUUGUAAUGUCCUUACUUACACGCCUUGCACUUGAAGGAGGAUUCGUCACUGUAAAUGUGUUUUUAAAUAACUCUGUACCAUCCGAUCUUGUGGGAUCAGCAAAUGGAUUAUGUAUGUCUCUCACAUGCUUAACAAGAAGCGUUGCACCUACAUUAUUUGGCAGCGUAUUUUCGUGGUCGUUGGGAAACAUCAAAGACGUUGAAGAUAAUGAAAAUCCUCUUGGCUUUCCAUUCAAUCAAUACUUCACUUUUUACCUUCUUUCUUUUUUAAGCAUUUUUAACGCUUUCUUUGCAACACAACUUCCAAAACUUAUAGACAGAAAGCAAUAUUAAGCCCUGUCUUAAUCGUCAAAUAAAAUAUCUCAUGUAGAUAAUUAUGAUAUUUUUAAAAUACACUACACACAGACAUUUAAGAUUGGCUGGAAAAGUAUUUAGCAUUUUGUCUAACUCUUAUUAGAACUAAAGCACUGUUCCUUUCCCUCAAAUUCUGCUAAAAAGUAAGCAAUUAUAAUUAUCCGAAUUUUGUCAUAAACAUUAAAGGUUUCUGCACUGCUUGUCUGACAGAGUCUUCUUCUUUCCCUUUAAAAAUGCACAAAGAAAACCGACAAAAGUUUUUUAAACAUGCAUUUUAAACUAACAGUCGGCGAGAUUUUCCUGUUAUUAUACAUGCAGUCGGACUUUCAUCAGUACAGUUAAACCUCGUUCCUAGGGCAUUUUGGACGGCUCAGGGGCCACAAGACCCUGGGGACGAGGAUGCAGUACAGUUAGCUCUCGUUAUCUUAAACAUGCGUUAUCUCCAUCUCUUCGCUAUCUCAAAAAGAAUCUUAGUCUUGUCAGCAUUUACAACCAAAGAGAAAGCUUUUUGCAAACUUCUCAAAAAAUAUUUCCAUAGAAAUCAACAAAUAAUGAGCAUUUUUGCUUUCGUGCUCAAACGCUAUUUGAGUUAUAUUCUUAUAUAAAUCAAUCGCUUUCGAGAGCUUGUGUCGACAGGAAAACUAACUGUAAAAAAGUAAAUGAUUACCAAUAUUCUGCGUUAUCAUAUCAUGUAUCAUAAAGAUUUUCUUUUGGCAUCCUCUUUUUUUCUCAGUCAUGCUGCAACUUGUCAAAAAAUUUAAAACCUGCCAGCUCAAACUUUUUUCUAGUGAAGUCUCGUUAUCUUAAAAAUCUCGUACAUUAGGAGUUCGAGAGGGACUCGAUUGUAAAUACAUGUAAUUUUAUUUAUAUCUCUUUUAACGUGUUCUUUGUUUACUUUAGAAAGUGUAGAGAUAUAUUUACCGGUACUUAUAUAUGUAUAAAUUUUUAAACACUAGUCGUUAGCCCGUGGAAAA